AUUUUACAGUCAGCUUUAUAUAUAAGAAAAAAUAUCAACGCGGUACUAGAGAGAGAAUUGCAACAAAUAGCAGGUUAAGGUGCCGUGUGGCUGCAAGGUUUCCAAAGGGGGCGUGAAUAGGCGUUGAUUUUCGUCAGAUGUUUAAAUAUGAAUGGGUUGGUCUUCAGACGGGGACAGUUUUUUUGUAACUUCGAUUGGAUACAAAUUAGCAAUGUUCGCAUACAGGAACAAAAUACGAUGAACGGAACUAUAGCAGCAGCGCACUCCGAGGCUGAAGAGGCCGGAUAUGUCUUCUUUGCACCGUUAUUCUAGGGGGUUGAUCGCGCUCGGAUUUGGCACCGCCCUUCCUGACGGGAGGAUCCCCUAGUCAGGGAGAGAAACCUUAGCGGUCGGAGGAGCUACGCCACAGCCUAGCAGUAGCCAUUCGUGGAAAAAAAUAGGCCGUCCUUCUUCGGGCUUCAGCCAGCCUCUGAUUCCAUACCGUCCGGCCUUUUUUCUUAAACAACUCCUCUCCGAUCUUAUUAAUGCAGGAUGAGUGAUAAAAAGAAGGAAGCGAUGGCGACAGAUGAGGGGAAGGCGACUGGCGGUGAUUAUGGCAAUAAAGGCAAAACUUCAGGUUCACAGGAUGCACAGCCGUCUCCCCUUGCGCUGCUCGCUGCCACAUGCAGCAAGAUCGGCGGCGAGGGGCAGCUUGCGGGGCAGCAGCAGUUCAUCAUCGACCCGAACCAGGGGCUCGUCCAGCUCCAGAACCACCCGCAGCAGCUCGAACUCGUCUCCGCGCAGCUUGCGGGCAGCGGUUGGCAGAUAGUGGCCACGCCGCCCUCCGGGUCUAAGGAUAACGCUGCACAGAGCGGCAGCGACGGGACCCCGGGCAAGAGAGUUAAAGCGGCCGGCUUGAGCAAUGCGCCGGGAGGACAACAGCAGUACCAAAUCUUCCAAGUUCAGAACAUGUCCAGUCCCACAGGCAGUAUUCAGUAUCAAGUAAUACCGCACAUUCAGACCGCAGAUGGCCAGCAGAUCCAGAUAAACACGGCAAACGCAGCUGCGGUGAACGUGCAGCCCGAUCAGAUUCAGCUCAUCCCCGCGGGAAAUAACCAAGUGAUCCUCGCAGCUCCGAACCGGGGCGCCACGGCCACUAACAUCGUCGCUCAAAAUGCGGCUAACGCGGCUGUUCCCCUUCAGAUUCGGCCGGGGGUGUCUUUCCCUCUGCAGCUGCAGGCGAUUCAGGGCGCUCAGCCUCAGAUGGUGACCACGCUGCCUAUCAACAUAGGCGGAGUCACGCUGGCACUGCCCGUGAUCAACGCGGUGGCGGCAGGGGGAGGGUCCGUCCAGUUGGCUCAGCCUACAGACGGCGGGGUUUCCAACGGUAUUCAGCUGGUGUCCACGCCCAUCUCGGGCGCUGGUAGCACGGCGGCAGAAUCUACUACGACCACCUGUGCCGGGACUCCCAGCAGCGAUACGUCGGAUUUCAAUACAGCCCUUUCUGGUUCGGGCGCUGUGGUGCAGAAAGGCCACCCCGCCGACGCGGAUGGUCCGGGUCAAAUUCAGACGAACGGGAUCCAGGCGGCGCAAGACCAGCCGGCUCAAAUCCAGCAGGUCCAGAUCGUGGGGCAGCCCGUGCUGCAGCAGAUCCAGGUCCACCCGCCCCAGCAGCAGCUCGUCCAGGGUCUGCAGCCACAAGCGAUCCAGUUGCAGCCGGGCCAGACCAUACAAACACUCCCGCAGCUGCAGGCUCUGCAGAGCCCGGCGCAGGUGCUCAUUCGAGCCCCGACCUUAACCCCUUCCGGGCAGCUAAGUUGGCAGACGGUGCAGGUCCAGAACAUACCGAACGUGCAGGUGCAGGGCGCCGGGGUCCCCCAGCAGCUGGCGCUGGCCCCGGUCACCUCAAACGCCGGCGGGGCCGCCUUUGCGCAGAUCGCCCCCAUCACCUUGAGCGGGACGCCGAUCACACUGAACGCGGCGCAGCUCAGCCCCGGACCCAACAUCCAGACCCUGAACAUUGCCAGCCUUGGAGCAGGGGUGCAAAUGCAAGGGGUGCCCGUCGCCAUCACGGGGGUGCAGGGGCAGCAGCAGGGUCAGGGUGGGGUGAAGGUACAGCCAACUCCAGUGACAGUUACCGUCGGCAGCAUCGCCAGUGCGGCAGCCCUGAGCGCCGUUAGCCCUGACCAGACCUCGCGCGUCCAGAGUCCAGCUGAAGAGGGGCAGCCCACCAAGCGGCUGCGGCGGGUGGCGUGUUCCUGUCCCAACUGCCGUGAUGGCGAGAGCAGGAACAGCGAUCCGGGGAAGAAGAAGCAGCACGUGUGCCACAUGGAAGGCUGCGGGAAGGUGUACGGCAAGACGUCGCACCUGCGGGCGCAUCUGCGCUGGCACACGGGCGAGCGGCCCUUCGUCUGCAACUGGAUCUUCUGCGGGAAGAGGUUCACCAGGAGCGACGAGCUGCAGCGUCACCGGCGGACGCACACGGGAGAGAAGCGGUUCGAGUGUCCCGAGUGCUCCAAGCGGUUCAUGCGGAGCGACCACUUAUCUAAGCACAUAAAGACCCACCAGAACAAGAAGGGUGGAGCAGCGCUAGCUAUCGUCACCACGGAGGACAUGGAGGACACCGUCGACGACGUGCUGGCUUCGCCCAGGAUCGUCACCGUGGCAUCCCUAUCACAGGACUCCAACCCAGCCACGCCUACUGCGUCCAGCAGCAUGGAAGAGGAGUUUUAGCUCCGCCUCCGAACUUAACGAGGUCCUUUUUUUUUGUUUCAGGUCUGCGUAAAACGAUGUUCGAGGCUGUUGGGGUUUUCUAAACGAAUGUUCAGUGAAGUAGACAUUUUAGAAAGAGCUAUUGCAAAAAGAAUAUUUCUAUAUGACUGAAUUAAGCACAAAUAUGGGUAGACAGGGCCCCAGGUCGCUGUAAAAUAUCUUGCAUAAAAAUACAAUAUUCGCUUCUAUGCACAAAAUACCCGUUUCUGCUUGGGGUUCACAGUCAUUACAGUGCAAAUUGCGGUAUUUGAGCAGGUGGAUUUUUAUACACGUGGAGUGGUACAUUUUCAUGUAGUACAGAACCGAAGUUUCGAGCCGGUUUAACUUUGUGAGCUCGAAAACGGCGAUGGGAGCGUGCGGUGGAUCUCGGUGGGUAGGCACGGGAGGAUUGCUCUUUAUUUUAAGUCAUCGGCGUCCGUUUGAUUGACAUUCAGGACACCGUGUGCUGUUCUGGUUUCUUUGGUUCGGAAGCUUUUUGAAAAAGUUCUGAUCCAGCGUACUUCUCGGUGACGAGGCACGCAGACUCCAUUUAAAUGGUUCUCUUUUAUUGAAGAGUUGGCUGCAAGCUUAAUUUCCUUUUGUUUAAGGAAGAAACAAACGAAUACCUUUUUAUGUACAGAAGCACACGUGAAUAAGCGAGUGAUAGCUACCUUUCAAACCGCUGUGAGAAUGAACCCCCCGUUUCUACAGGAAAACAAUCAAGCUUUCUUCUCGAUACAUUUGGUGAGUGAUACAAUUGAGACAAUCUUUUUGAGACCAUGUUUACAUUAAUGUAAAUUACAAAUCAUAUUGUUAUAUAUAUAUAUAAUGAAAAAGCAGAAAAUUUUCUUGAUGUUUAUUAACCUGAAAUGUUAUACGUCGUAUGAUCAUGCUACUUUGCCUUAGCAUAAACCGGGAGUCUGGAACUUUUCCUUGCAACCCCCCCCCCCCCCCCCCCCCCCCCCUUCUGGAUAUUUGUUCCAUUCCACCGCUAGUUAAUUAGUUCGGUUAGUUGGCGGUGGACGGAUCUGAGCUGUAUGGAAUGUCCGGGGGUUUCCAUGGAGACGAUCUGGACCCAUUGGUAUAAAUCACAGAAAGUAAUAUGACUAAAACCCUGGUUCAGUGAGCAGGGUUUGAACAGGUGGUUAUUGUAUACCGGCCCCCUCGAACACUUAGCUGGUGCUCAGAAGGACGUGUAUAAUUACACGCCGAAACUAGGCCCUGAUGUGCAAUAAUCCCAGGCCCCCCCAUGUGGAACUGUGUUGAAGUUAAUCUUUAUUUGUCUUUUGUUUUUCUUCUUGCGUGUCCCAUUAUGUGUCCACGUUGUCGUCCUCGUGCCGUAUGUCAUGGUUUCCCCAAGAAUUUCACCUGUUUGGCAGUGUUGGUGUAUGAGACGUGUUUCUCAAGGUGUUCUAGAUAUUUCGCAAUCAGUCCCGUUCUCCUCAGUUUCGCGCAUUUAUUACCGCUGACAGGAGAAAUGCGGCUGUGAAAGCCACGGUGAGAUUAUCGCGAGCUGUCAAUUACAGCUGGGUUGAGCCCCACAGCAACAAACAAAUUAACCAAUGGGAAAUGGCUAAGCAGGUGAUUGACAGCCUACAAUAAUCCCACCCACCAAGCCUCAUUUGUCCUGUCACUGUAUAUUAGUAACUGCAUUUGGCUAAUUUAUUUUCGGUGGUUUUACCAUUCUCCAUUGCAUAUUGCUUGAAAAAGUGUAUUAUAAUCAAAUUCUGAGAUUAUGUACAGCAUGUUUUAUUUCUGCUUAUAGUAAUUGCUGAAUUAUAACUGUAUUGUGCUUUUAUAUGUGGAAACAUAACAGUUUAUUUAACAAGCUUUUCCUGUUAAAAAAAAAAUUAAAUAUUGUUUAAAGCAACAUAACUGAUACCAAACGAUUUAGAUGUUUUUUCGUAAUAUUUUGUGGGACUAUUAAUUAUUAUUAUUAUUUUUACAUUUUCUAGGGACAUUUCCUUUGUAAAUCUUUUUCUAAAAUAUUUGUCACCAUGAUGUUUGAUAAUGAUUUUGUUUGCCAGGUUACCCUCAAAAACUUCAGUUUCUCAAUAUUUUUAAAGCAGGAGGUUUGUACAAAGAUGAUUUAUGAACAAAAUAAAUAAAAAAAAAA